AUGUGUAUAUAUUAUGUCAAUCAUGCCGUCAACCGCGUGGGCUAUGUAGCUCGGUCCCACACUCAACACACAAAUCUGCAAUCUGAUUCUAAACAAUCAAGUACAGAAGAUUUCGCGUCGGCAAAAGCAGUCUUGCUUGGAGCCUUAGCUCCUGGGGGUCCUACUUGGAAUACUUUAAAGAUUUCAUUCUUGAUGCUGGGUCUAUGCCUGGCUGCUGUGUUGGGCUUAGCUUUCUCUUCCAGUGACUCUGCUUCAGUACUCCAUGUUACAUUUCUUGUUCUGAUUACAGGCACCCUUUUCUUGCUCCUUACUUGAUUUCUCGCAGAGACAGGGCUUGUCUCAGUCGAACACCAAAUGCAGGAGAUUGGCUUAGCGCCUGGAAAUGGAGAGGAUAAAAGCAAGAAGAGCAACUGAAGCAACUCAAUCAAUACAUUAUGCAGUUUCUGAAGUACAAUACAUGGAAGAAACAAUCUCAAGUAAAAAGAAGUAGUUAGGACCGUUUGACAUUGCUUUUGCUUUCGAUUUCUGUAGAAGAGCUUUUGGACCAACUUCCUUUAAAAUUCUUAUAACUAGAAGAAGCAUUUUUAUAAAACUAGUCAAACGAGUUCAAAAGCAGUUUUUGAAUGACAAAAACUCCUUUCGAUUUUGCAAAAGUCAUGCCAAACGGACCCUUAAUAUAGCUCGUCUCUAUAUUUUUGAAGAUCUGCUCAUUUCUUCGUUGUGUGCUUCAACCUUCCUUUUGUUCCUCCUUCUUCGACUUGUGCUUUUUGCCCUUGAUGUAGCAGAAACAUGAGCAGCAGGGUAGCUGCAACAAGAACUUCAUUUCUUUUUCCGAUAUGACAUUUGUGUUGACACAAUAACUCACUUAUAGAGGGUUUUUGCCCAUUUGUAUUACUGUAUUUUGAUUCAUUUCCUAACCCUUCCAGAUAAAGAUGCUUAGCUUAUCAUGUUCACACUAAAGAUAAGAAGAUGCUUGAUUCUCCAAUUCAAGAUUAAUGCCUCCUUUCUAUC